AUGAGAAAAUUAGAUGAUGAAGCUACCAAUAAGGUUUAUAAUUCUCAACCUAAGGAAGUGUCAUUGCCUAGUAGUACUACUAAUGUAAAUCAAUCAUUGUCUUUAUCCUUACCGUUACCGACUAAUCAUUCAUUGGGUGGUUAUGUGCCUCCUGGGUACAAUAAAUUAAGAAUUACACUACUUCAGCAAGAGAAAACAAAUGUGGAAAGGUUAUUGGAACCUAUUAAAAGCACUUGGAUGGAAAAAAGGGUUAGUAUUGUUAGUGAUGGAUGGAGUGACCCACAAAGGAGACCUUUAAUUAACUUCAUGGUAGUUUGUGAAUCAAGCCUGAUGUUUAUUAAAGCUGUUAAUUGUGCAGGUGCUGGGGAAAUCAUUGAAGCUAAAAAUGUGGAAUCUAAUCAAGAGACAUAUGAUGAAUGUCAUUGGAUAACUGAUGUUUAUGGUGAUGUUAUGGUAAUUAAAAACUUCAUAAUGAACCAUUCAAUGCGAUUGGCUAUGUUUAAUCGAUUUAGUCUUUUGAAAUUACUUUCAGCUGCAGACACUCGUUUUGCUUCUGUUGUUGUUAUGCUCAAAAGAUUUAAAUUAAUUAAGGGUGCUCUAGAAUCAAUGAUUGUAAGUGAACAAUGGGGACAAUAUAGAGAAGAUGAUCAAGGCAAAGCAAGAUUUGUUCGUGAUAAGGUGUUGGAUGAGAAUUUGUGGGCGAAGGUCAAUUACAUUCUUGCUUUUACUGCACCGAUUUAUAAUAUGAUUCGAAUGUGUGAUACAAAUAAGUCAUGUCUUCAUUUGAUUUAUGAGAAUUGGGAUUCUAUGAUUGAAAAAGUUAAAUCAGUUAUUUAUGAACAUGAAGGAAAAUUUUCUACCCAAGAUUCUCCUUUCUAUUCAGUGAUCUAUAGUAUUCUUUAUGAUCGUUGGGCAAAAAGUAAUACUCCACUCCAUUGUCUAGCUCAUUCAUUGAAUCCAAGGUUUUAUAGUGAACAGUGGCUUGAAGGAGGUGAAGGUAGAGUGCCUCCUCAUAUGGAUGGGGAAGUAUCUAUUGAGAGAAACAAAUGUUUUAGAAGGAUCUUUUCUGAAGAUGAGCGUUUUAAAGCAUUGGAUGAGUGUGCUAACUUCUCUCUCAAAAGUGGACCGUUUGAAGAUCCUGAUUCAGUUGGUGCUAGAUUUAAUACAGAACCGAUGAAGUGGUGGGCAUGUUUUGGUUCAAAUGCUCCAUUGCUUCAAAAGUUAGCAUUCAGAGUACUUGGACAACCUAGUUCCUCCUCUUGUUGUGAAAGAAAUUGGAGUACUUAUUCCUUCAUUCAUUCAAUUAGAAGGAAUAAAUUAAUUCCAAAACGUGCAGAAGAUUUGGUUUUUGUUCAUAACAAUCUUCGUUUAUUGUCAAGGGUUAACUCUAAGUAUUAUGAUGGUAAGAAGAAGAUGUGGGAUGUUGGUGGAGAUGACUUUGGGAGUAUGGAAGAGGUGAGAGUUCUUCAGUUAGCCAACCUGUCAUUAAAUGAACCAGAAUUAGAGUCUGUUUUUUUCGAUGAAGAUGCAAAUGACAUAAUGGAUAAGGAGAAUGAUCAAAUAGAGAAAAUACAAUAA